CAAACUUUCUUGUGUAUGUGUUUGUGUUCUGUGCAGGAUGCCUGUAAAAAGGCGCGGCCUGUGUGCGGCCACAACGGCGAGACGUACAACACAGUGUGCGAGGCCUACUCGGACCGCGUUGCCGUGGACUACCAGGGGCGGUGCCACGCCGUGGGGGCGGUGGCAGAGUUUGCCUCUGACUCAGGCUGUGACAUGAUCCCCUGCCCAGCCCUGUCCACCCAGGGCUGCAUCCCUGUCACACCACCCGGUGCAUGCUGUCCUCUGUGUGCGGGCAUGCUGCAGAUCCUGUGGAACAAGGAGCAGAUUAAUAACUUCGCUAAGUUGAACAGGAAGCAGCCAGUGACGGUCCAUGACAUCCUGAGGAUCCUGCGUCUCCACAUCUCCGUGCCGCAGUGUGACAUCUUCGGCUACCUGAGCAUCGACUCAGAGAUCAUCAUCCUCAUCGUCCCCGUGGACCAGCAGCCCACCCCGCUGCAGAUUGAAGCCUGCAGCAUGGAGGCGGAGAAGAUCGACUCACUCAUCAACUACGGCAGCCCCACCCUGGUCUCCCAUGUUCCUCUGUCUGCCUUCCUCACCUCCGAGGUCUCCAUCUCCACCAUCAGGUCCGCGGGCCACGCCAGCUCAACGCCCUCCUCCCUGCCAAUCUUCUUCUGCCUCGCCCUGGGCCUCCUCCUCACUUUAGCACCAGGCCUACCCGAGGCCAAGCUAGCCUCUGCUAGCCAGCCAGGCCCCGCUGGCAGGAGGCUGGGUGUGUUGUGGAGUAUUCUGACCCCUUCUCGGGUCAUUGCCUGACAGGAAGCAUCAGCCUGUAAAAGCCUUGACAAUCAAUCUCAUUAACUCUACUGCACCAGCGUCAACACAAUCAUGGACGAGAAGCUAUGAGAUGAAUCCUAAUUGAACGAGAGAAGCGGAGACACAAUCACAUUCCAGCUUUGGUUCCACAGAGCUCUAUAUAUCGUUAUAAGGAAGAUGAGUUUUAUCACACAGGGUUUUGUAUCCGUUUUAUUCUGCAACAGAAGCUCUCUCCUCCUCUAAAGCUGUGGAGUGGGGAGUGUGUGCGGGUGUUUGCCUGCGUGCGUGUGUUUAUGCGUAUGUGUACGCACAAGUGGUUUAUGCGUAUGUGUACGAACCUGGUGGUUAAGUCUCAGAGGGGGAGUCAGGUCUAGAUGUCAGACAGGUGCGCUCCCAAACACUGACAUUUGUCCCAGAUAGUCUCAGGGGUGUAAUUACCCUGCUCCUCCGCCUCCUCCCCCUCUCCUCCCCUUUCUCCCACUCCCGUUUUACAUUUGUACUAUUGUAAAUAAAGAGCGAGUGGGGAGGUGCUGACUGAGACAGUAAUACUGGAACGUGAAACAGGUCAAAGGCAAGCAAGCAUUCCCGCUCCGUAGGCUGAAAGACACACACAAGGGAUUGUCGUUAUUCCUCUAGUGUAGAUAAGAUAUAAAAUAAGGAGGAAUGACAGCCAUGUUUUUAAUGAAAAUGACAAUCAUCACUUUACCCAUGAUGCACAUGGGUAGGAACAAAACAAAUAGCGACAACAUGCUUUGCAUAUAGUUCCUAUAUGAAAUAAAUGCAAUAACUUCUUCCGAAAUUAUUCCGAAAUGUUCUAUAUUUCAAAUAAGAAAUGGAUCGAGAUGUGAUUCAAUAUGUGCCAUUUUCUAAAUGUUUUAUUCUUGCAUGAUGACAAUUAUGAAGUGUUUUUACUCCAGAAUGUAUUGUACUAUGUUUGUCCUGUCCCCACGUUUGAUUUGAUGUUGUCUCUAUGCCUACGCAACACGAAGUGUCCCCGUUUUUUUACAGUAUUAUCGUGCUAGGCAGCUUUGUAGCAGCAAACCCUUCAAGGGUCCUUGUAGUAUUGUAUCUGUUUCCGAGGGAUUUAAACUCAGUUUGUAGUUGUUUUUAUGUUAUCGAGUGUUCAUAUUGCCAAUGUUUAGAAAGAGUAGAGCUGUAGACACUUAAGCAUUAUGUUAAUCAUCACUGUAUUGCAUCAUUGUCUCGGUGGAGAUGGCAGUACUUGCAAUGUGUUUGUAAAAUGCCAACAGAAUGCAUAUUUUAUAAAAUAUAAAAUCCUACAAUCAAACAGAA